UGACGAUAAAACGCCUCUGUGCUCUCGCCCUGUCUCAGAGACGUGUACGAUUCAUUAUAACUGCAUUAUAUUUGCUAUAACAGGUCCCUACUUAAAUCACCUAUGAAGCAAAGAAUAUUAUUUCAAAAUUUCUGAGCGGAAGUUGUUGCUCUAACAGUCCUACUCAGUACUGACCGGGGGUGAACCGUCUCCCUCCCUCACGGUAAUUAAAGAUGGAAUCGCCGGAAAACCUGUCCGGUCAGGCAGUUGUUGUGGAUCAGGGCUCUAUAGAUUUGGACACCGCAGUGUUGCUGCUGGGAGCGGGAGUAACAGCUGUCACACAUCCGCUGCUGUAUGUGAAGUUGCUAAUACAGGUGGGACAUGAACCUCUUGCCCCAACUGUCGGCACUACUAUGUUUGGAAGAAGAGUCUUAUACCUGCCUGGCUUCUUCUCCUAUGCACAGCACAUUGUGAAAGUGGAUGGAAAGAGAGGACUCUUCCGUGGCCUCUCACCUCGUAUCAUAUCCAGUGCCAUCUCCACCAAGGUCAGGAGCAAAGUUAAACAGGUGAAGCUUCUGUCCAAGAGAGAUGACCUGCACACCUCACUCAGGAAAGUAGUUCAGGAGACCACACAUGAGAUGAUCAUCCAGUGCCUGUCCAGAGUUGCCACUCAUCCUUUUCAUGUUAUGUCAGUACGAUGUAUGGCCCAAUUUGUUGGCAGAGAGGUCAAGUACAGUGGGAUGUUCAGUUGUUUUAUCAAGAUUUUUAAGGAUGAAGGAGUUGCUGGAUUCUAUGGUGGUCUCAUCCCCCAUGUGCUAGGAGAGGUCCUCUUCCUGUGGUGUUGUAACCUCCUGGCUCACUUUAUUAAUACCUAUGCUGUAGACGAAAGUUUCAGUCAGGCCUCAGCAGUAAGAAGCUACACUAAAUUUGUGAUGGGUAUUGCAGUGAGUGUUCUAACAUAUCCAUUCAUGUUGGUGGCCGAUCUUAUGGCAGUCAACAACUGUGGUCUGGCUGCAGGUCUUCCCCCUUGCUCUCCCAUCUUUAAGUCCUGGCUGCACUGCUGGAAUCACCUGAGCCACAAGGGUCACCUCUUCAGAGGAUCCAGCUUCUUUUUCCGCCGGGUGCCUGUGACCUCCCUGCCAUCCAUCGAAGACUGACAUCACCUGCUGAGAUGUGCAUUCUCCUGCUCAGAAACAUUUUCCAAAGACACCUCCAGCUGCCUGUCAGCCUCUGCUGCUGUCAUCCAGAUGUAGCAGGAGCAGCAGAGACACAGUUCAUGGAGUGCCAAUGAACUUUUCGUUACAGGAACUUUAGUUCGGUUCAGUGGGGUGAGGACAGAGUUCUGUAUAUGGUGAAGUGUUUUGUUCUUGGCUGCAGUGACCAAAUGUGUCAGUACAGUACAACUCUGAUUUAAUGGCUUCCUCUCCAUAGCAACAGCUGCUUAGGCUCAUGGGUACUGCAGUAAUUAAUGCUUUCACACAAACCAACAAAGAAAAAUCCUGAUUUCCAAUUGGAACAUUUCCAACAGAUCUUCAUAAGACAUAUUCCUUUGACCUUAUUGACCUCAUGCAGCUAAUAUGAUAAUAAUAAUAAUAUGAUAAACAAUAAAUAAUCAACUUGUUACACAAAAGGUGUAACAAGCUGGACUGUGCAGUGUAAUUGUGUAACUAAAACCAGAUGUGUCUCCACUGUGACUUGGUGUUUGGAUGAAGAAAUAUCAUAUUAACAGCCACUCAGACAGCAACUGUUAUAAUAUCAUAUUGUUAUAACCACAUAAAACACAAAUACCAACACAUUCUGACCAGUCACCAUGACUUAUACAGUAAGAUGAACAGCUGAUCCCAGAGCUGUGCAGGAAAACUGAUCCGUUUAGUGUCACUAUGUAAAUAGUGAUGGUUGUUUGUCAGACUGUAGAUGAAAGUCUCUCAUUUACUUCCAGCACUGUCAGUCCUUCACACCAUGUGUUAGAUAAUAAAACUGCUCAGAUAUUUCAUCAGAUGUCAGCCCACAAGCAGCAAAUCUCAGUCUACGUAAUGCACCACAUUUCCACUUCCUGUGUAGACAGGAAGUUAGAUGACGAAAUAACAGAGUCGGGGCACUUCCUUGUUGCUGAAACACAGUAGGUCAAAAGUGUCAUUAAUUAUCCCUAUUCUUUGUUGAGGAUGUGCCUGAAUUUAAACCUUAAAAGACCAUACCCACCAAGUCACUAUCAAUCACUUGUGUUUUACAUCUUCUAUUUUGAAAACGUGUCUGUGUUUCAGAGAUGUGGCUGUAUUUUGUUCAGUGAUCUAGGCUGGCACGAAUUUAAAUUCAUUUACUUACAUUUUAAAAGUCUAUUAGCAAACUCUUUUAAUUUGCCUGAGAUCUAUAAUCCAUCACAGUGAAGAUCAAGCCUCCACUGAUUUUCUUCAGAUAAAUUAUUGCUUGGAGCUAACACAGAGUUUUAAAUCAGUCCGUGAUUUAACCACAUUAUCACGAAAAAUAAUGCCACAUGGUGUUCACUAGGUUGGAUUGCACAUGCAAUCAAAUUUCACAAGUCUGCCGCUUGACAUUCAUAUUGUUACAGAAAUGAAUGGAAACCAAAGGCUGCCUGGAAUGGUAGAAAAACCAUCAAAAAAACGGUAUGGCAUGCUUUUCAAACAGAUGUAAAUCAGACAAAAUUUGUAGUUAAGGGGCUGAAAUUUGCAUAACAACACUCUGGUAUUAUUCUUUUAAAGUCCUUUUAAAGUGAGACUGUGUAACCUUUGCUGAGUUGUAGCCACUGUGGCCACAAAUGGUAAUUACAAGAUAACAGAAUAGGUGACCUGACUGAGGGCAAGUGGAGUGGGAUAAGUGUCCAACAGCUGACGCCAUGUCUGUGAGCCACUGGCCCUACUGUAUAAAAGCAAAUAAAUGAAAUGAAUCUAUUAGAAAACUACACAGAGUUAAAAUUGCAGUUGCUACUGCACAAACAGAAAAUUAUCUUCAUUCUUCUUUGAAGAUGUUUGUAAUUAAUGUUGGCAUUUUAACAUUGGCACGGUGAGAAAAAAAUGGAGUAGGAUCCAAUAAAAUGCCAGUCAGUUAAUGUGCUUUUUCAUCUUGUUUUAUUUGGUGGUUUUGUGUUUUGUCACCAAAGUUAUAAAACUGAUGUCUUCUCAUCCUGAGCAGGAAGCAGUUAAAAAAUAAUUAAUGAAUUAAUGUAUAGGUUUUGAACGCAUUUUGAAUUAAAGAACAUUAUUACACAAGUACUCAGUUCUCAUUAGUCGGACCACCAUCUUUGAACUUAGCCAUCAUUUUGAUCUUAGCUACAGAAAGUUUCAUGACAUUAUCUUGCAUGGUUGUGACACUAUCGAGGUGACGAAACCUGUUCACAGACAGACAAGGUGGAAACAAUACCAGCAACGCUGUUGCAGCUGGUAAAUGUUAUAAUCUGAAACACAUUCUUAUCAUCCUUGACUAACAUUAUGCUCAGCUUCCCCAACAGGCUAAUGUACCCUGCCGCCACCUAUCCUCACCUGGGGCUUAGCUAAUUUAGUAGUGUAUUUCUUUCACACCCAACAGACUUCAAGAAACAAUACUAGUUUUUAUUAUACCAACACUACUUAAAAUCCUGAAUGGAGAAGCGCCAUGAACUUUUUCAAAUCUGGCUAAAAAAAAACCAAACAGAUAUGACUCACUAGUUCUCAAAGUGUGUUUAAUUCUUGUUUUACUUUAGUGAUUAAACAAAUUAUAUGUCUUUUCUGUCUGACAUGCUAAAAUGUAGUGUAUCAUCAGCACGGAUAGAGAGGGGUCAUAACGUUAGUUAACAUUAGCCACCAUAAGCUACUCAUCACAGCAGACCAAGUCUGUAGCAGCAAAACCUCUGAGUGUGCCGUACUGUGUGUGUGUGUUUGUGUGUGUGUGUGUUUUGCUGCUGAGAAAUCUACCUGUAUAUUGUAAAGCAGAAGAUCAGGUUGUAUCUUCUUAUAAAUGUCACACAGUCUCACUUUAAAUAUUCUUUAAAAUAUUGACUUCCCUACAACAGCUUUACCCAUUCCUCUAAUAAACACACAACCAUUCAAAUAAGUAUUAACAAAAUAAGUCAUCUUUCAUGUAUUUGAAACCUAAUCGUCUUAGACCUCACUCCAGUUAGUCCUCUCAGCAUGUUAUUACCAGUAAUAACCCUCUCAUCAACAACUGACUGCCCUCUAUUUACCAAUAAGUGUUAUUUAGAUGCAGUUUUGAAGCUACAUGAGGCUUAGAUUAUACAGGACAUAUUGCAUCCAUCUGAAGGCUUUGUUGUUUCUUUGCAAUUUAAAAUAGUGUGUUUGUUUCUGUUUAUGGAAAUAGUUUGUGUGUCUGGUUUUGCUGAGACUGACAGAAAGUAUUGUUAUUUUUUAAGUUUAAAAAAAAUGU